AUGACGUCGUCAUCUGCCUCACUGUCAUCGCUGAACGUCACCUCGAGAGACGAGAAAUCGCCGAAAAGUGUGUCACCGGACGGCGGAGCUCAACGCUUUUUCGGACAGGGAAAACGUAUUCCCAAAGGUGAGCGAGAGAGAGAGAGAGCGCCAACAAAAACAGCGCGUUGAACGUGUGUUUCAGACGUGAAACGUCACUGCGGAAUGUGUAAGCAACACGGACUGACCGUCGAGACACGUGGUCACACUUGCGAGUACAAGAACUGCAAUUGUGAGCAUUGUGAUCUGGUCCGUCGGCGACGCGAGAUCAUGUCCACACAGAUUCGUUUGCGUCGCGAGCAGGAUAAGAAGUUUCAGGUAGAUUUCAACGUGUACAAUAGUAGUACCAUAUAGCUGACAAUUUCAGCGCACCACGGACAUCAACGAGGCGAACGUGUUUCCGGGGUGCAACGGAAUGGAGCAGCCGGACGAGAAGACGCUUCAGGAGAACCUGAACAUGUGCUAUUUCUGUCAAAAGUGCAAGAAUCACAGUGUGCUCGUGUGGAAGAAGAACCACAAGAAGGAGUGUCGGUACGCGAAUUGCGAAUGCGAACAGUGCGGGCUCAUCGACUCGCGGCGAGCCCUCGAUCGUCACAUUAAGAAGCGGCGAAUGAGCAUGAAGGCGAGCACCGGCGGCACCGCGCCAAAGAGCCCCAAAAAAGAGAUGGACUCCUCGGCGAACGGCUCGUUCUCGUCGCUCUCGUCCGUCUGCAACUCGGACGAAUCGUCGUCGUCUUCUUCCUCGUCCGAUUGCUCCUUGUCCGGAUUGUUGUCGGAAAAGCUCAAUGUUGCUCCACAAGUUCACGUCAAGUUCGAUUUUAGCACCGGCGGAUUCAUCACGCCUGUCGGCCAGCAAAUCAGUCCAGUUUCUUCGCCCUAUGAGGUAUUUUAGAAUAAUUGCCAGAAGUUUGCACAACCAAUUGCAGAGCACUCCGUCGCCGUGCCCACUCAUCCUGCCACGCUCUCCGAUGACUUCGACAAUAUUCCCGACUAGCGUACCGCCACUCUCCUCAUUUCUCUCGGUUCCCUCGUUCCUCCCGACGACCACCUCGUGCGCCUCGUCGCCGUUCCUCUCGAAUCCGUUCCUCUACAGUAAUCCCACGUUUUUCUCCACCUUUGCCAACCCGUUUCUGAUGUCGAUGACGCCGCUGGAAAUGCAAAUGCUCUUCCAGAACAUUCAGUGUAUGACCGCCGCAGUCAGCCUCGGUAAUAAGGACUGA